AUGGCGUCUUCUGAGCCGGCCGCACCCUCGCAGACGGACGACCAGGUGAACAGUUUGCACCAUUUUCAGCAGCACUCACGGCUACAUUUCAUUGGCCAGUGGAAGACCCGCAUGCACGAUGAGUUCCAAACGUUGUUUGCCGAGCACCCCGAGUGGAAUCAUGGCCGCUUGUCGGGUCAAGUAACGUUUAUUCACGUCGACCUUGAUGCCUUUUUCUGCAGCGUGCAGCUCGCAAAAAAGGAAAACGAGCAUCUCCGCAGGUUGCCAGUGGGUAUCGCCGCGGGUCGCUUCAACAGCGACAUUUCCUCUUGCAAUUAUGUGGCACGGCAUGGCAUCCAUGCUGGCAUGUACGUCAACGCGGCGCGUGCACUCUGUCAGCUUGUUAUUUUACGGUACGACCUCCCCGCCUGCGAGCGCGUGACGAAGCGGCUGUACCACCUGUUUGACGCAUUUACCUCUGCUCAUCCGUCGGUGAAGAUAUCGAUGGAGGUGUACAGCAUCGACGAGGUCAUGAUUGCGACGGAUAGCAGCGACUAUGACGUUCUACGUGGGAUCUGUGAGAGGGUUCGUGGUGACUUGUACCGCUCCACCGGUUGCACGGCUUCAUGUGGGAUUGCACCCAACAUCAUGCUUGCCCGCCUAGCGACGCGUCAGGCCAAACCCGACGGCAUUCGCUGCAUUUCACGCGAGGACAUCCCCGCCGUGAUGCGGGCGCUUCCUUUUUGCGACAUCCACGGCGCAGGGCGGACGACGCGCCGAAAAGUGCUGAAGGUGCUCGAGGAACGGAGCGGCGACGAUGACGACGCCGCGUCUUCGGCGGUUCUCUGCAGCCACGUGCAGCGUCUGAAGCGCGAGGAUUUGCAGGCUGCACUGGGCAAAAAAGCCGGUGAUACCUUUUACAAUCUCUGUCGUGGCGACGACUACCGGCUGGUACGUCGCACAGGGGACCUUGAGGACCAAAAGGCAAUGGGCAAAACCGUGCCAGCGUCCGUUGGCUGUUCAAUGAACUACGCGGUUCGACCGCGGUGCCUCGACGACGUGUGGCACAUUGUCAAGCAACUCAUUGAGGAAGUUUCGGCAAAGAUGAAGCGGGUGGACGCCGUCGCACAGGCGCUUCGCGUGACGGUGCUGGAAAGACAUCCUUUCUAUCCCAAGGAACCACAAAAGUACAUGGGACGCGGUCCCUGUGUGGAGGCUCAUAUUCCUGUCAAGUUUUCUCAUGCGCUUGAUGGGGAGGCAACGGAGCUGAUGCUUGAGGCUGUGAAGGCGGCUCUUGCCCCUCUCAUGGUGACGACACGGGCCUUGUCAAACGAGGAACGCGGCCAGCAGCUGGGUCUGGAACACCAGCCGUCAACCGCGCAGGUGAUAUGGACUGUAACACUGAACUCAUUGCGAGAUGUCCUCGUGGAGGAUCUUCGCGGAAUGACCACGGCGACCGGACUGCGACCACGCAGAGCGGAGAACCCCGCCCUCGGGCGGAAACGCGAGCGAAACACAGAAGGUCAGAUGACGCUGGCCGCGGCUUUUUUCAAAGGCUGCAAGCGACCUGACACGGCAAGGGAUGUCGAGGAUGUUGACGCCGAGUCUCUCGAAGUCGCUCCUAGCGUCUUCAGCCUCACCGAAAACAGUGCGCACCUUGUGAUCGAGGAACGAGGGUUGACAAGCACGGUGCCCGCUCACACAACCGCGACAGGUAACACAUCCAGCGUUCAAGCAGGCAGCGGCCACGGUGACAAUGACGCCUCGUCGACGGCGUCAGUCACCAACGUUGAGGUCCCAGACGCACGAGAGCUAAGCGCCGCCGUCCUACAAGGGGAUGCGUGGCGCACGACGCCGGGGCUAUUUUCUCUUUUUCAACUCGGAUGGACUGAAAACUACGAGGAAAUGUGGAACGCCAUGUGUAGAGACGCGUGCCGAAACGAGGAUAUCUCCUUGUGA